AGUUGAUUUCUGAAACCCUAAAAUUAACUCCAAAAUUGAUUUCUAAUCGUGUCAUGAUAUUUGGUUUUCUGUUUUCGGUUCUACUGCUUUGUUACUCUGUCUCAUCUGCACCCUCUCUUUUGAAGGAGAAUUUUUUCACAGUUACCGGUAUAGCAAAUAUCUCCACUAUUUUCCUUUACUCUGCUAUUUGCGGCCGCGAUCCGCUGCUAUUUGGUGUGAAAUUUGUUCACACCGCUAUUUAGGUUCUUCAAAGGUGGCGGACGGCGCCUCUACUGUGAAAUAGCGGCCGCGACACUGCUACAGAAAACCUAGUAAUCGUAAAGGCAACGGAUGGAGAUGCAGUACGCUCACAAUAUAUUUGAGAGACGGCCUCUUCUCAAAUCUAAGGCUCCUGCUGUUAAAUGGUUCAAAAGAUGGGUACCUCAAGAUGUUGUAGCAACUGGUGGGAAGUGCAUGAUUUUGAAAUGGGUAAAUGAGCACACCUUGAAGGCUUUGGAUGAUAAGGAGAAAGAGUCUGAAGCACCAGAGCCUGAACCAGAGCCUACUACUGAAGUUCUUUUCCUUUGCAGCUAUGAAGGCUGUGGAAAGACGUUUAUUGAUGCUGGUGCUUUGAGAAAGCAUUCACACAUUCACGGAGAGAGACAAUAUAUUUGUCACUAUGAGGGUUGUGGGAAGAAAUUUUUGGAUAGUUCAAAACUGAAAAGACAUUUCCUCAUUCACACUGGAGAGAGACAUUUUAUAUGCCCACAUGAAGGUUGUGGAAAGGCAUUCUCCUUGGAUUUCAACCUGAGGUCGCACAUGAGAACACAUUCACAAGAAAACUACCAUAUCUGUCCAUACGAAGAUUGUGCAAAGAGAUACGCUCAUGAGUACAAGCUAAAGAACCACAUUGCAUCCCACCAUGAAAAGAACUCGACAUCAGAAGUGGCAAAAUAUACCCAGCCUGUAGAGAAGAUAAUUAAAACAUCAAAGUCUGCUGGUGGUGCCUAUGGUUCUGCAUCAUCUGAUCGCCCUUAUGCCUGCCCUUAUGAAGGUUGUGAGAAAGCUUACAUACAUGAAUAUAAACUAAAACUCCAUUUAAGGAGAGAGCAUCCAGGUCAUAUGUCAGAUGAGAAUGCCGAGAAUGCCACACCUAAUGCCGAUAAUGAGAUGGAUGAAGGCAGCGAUCAUGAUACUUAUGCUGGAAAGCGAGUUAAUGGAAAAAGUCGGAAGCAGAGUAGGGCCAAGCCAAAGGUGAAGAUGCCCCCUGCAAAGAUUUCAAGGCAGAAAGGCUCGAGCCCUUCCCCUGCCACUUUGCCUAUACCCAAAAAGCGAAGGCCAGUCAAAGAACAAGUAUUUGAGGAAGAGGAUAGCGAAGAAACAGAAGAAGACCGUAACAAUGUAGAGGAUGGAUGGAGGUAUAGGGAAAACAAUGAAGAGGAUGACGAAGAGACGGAAUACGAAGACUAGAGCA